AUGGACGGCUCUAGUGCCCAGUCGCCCAUCCCAGUGCCCCCACUCAUACCGCUUCCCGGACAGCAACCUCCCGGGUUCGCAAACGACAAGGACGACGUCUUCGCGACCUUAUUCUCCCCACCGACUCCCAGAGCAUCGCCCUCGCGCACUCCAGAGCCUGGUCAGACUCGGCCCGCGCGACACAUGCGCACCGAGUCUACAGACUCAGAUUUCGGCGCGUUCGUGUCUGUCCCAGCCGCGGAGGAUCCACUCCAUCCAGGAGAAGAGGCUGCAGAUCCUGUCUUCUCGCUGCCCCAGAACCAAGUGUUCUUCGACAGAUUUACGGAGGAUGCCAAGGCUGCCUCGGAGAGGAACCGGCGGGAGGUACUCGACGAGCUACUCCAGCAUGAGAACGAUCCUCUCUCGUGGAUGCAAGGUGCGAGUGACACGCGUGCGUCGAGGACCCCCACCCCCCAACCAGCCCAGACACAGUCAGGCACGCCUUCGUUUGCGGGGGAGUCCUUGAUUGACCUC